AUGGGCUUUGAAAAAGUAAAAAUGGAGCUCGGCAUGUCUAUUCGUCCAAAAUACUUGAAUGAUCCAUCCACAAGCAUAUUUAAACAGCUAUGCAAGCAUUUACUUCAAUACUCAUACAACUUGAGUGGAUUUCCGCUCUCCUUUACCAUAGAGGGUGUGCUGCCGGCUGGCAAGAUUCUAGAAGACGGAAGCGUAUAUGUCGACUGUCUGGUAUCGUUCUAUAUUUUCCGAGUGUCCCCAGGAGAUGUGCUGUGCAGUGUGAACGGUAAUGUCUGUGGUAUUUUUAGUGCUUUAGUUGGCAAUGAGGAAAAUUACACUGGUGAUAUAAUUGUCAAAGGCGUGGAUAGAGACAAGAUAUUGGGAAUGAAAUCAGCAAUGGAGGAAGAAUCUGGAUUUUAG